AUGGCGCUUCCUCCAGAACAGAUCAAUAUCAAGCGGCGACGGGAGGAAGAACCCGUGGAAACACUAUACAUUCAAUCCGACUUGCACCAUGCCAAGCGCCGCUUCACUGACUAUGUCUUUCAUCGAGUCACGCUUAACAGCAGCGGAGCUCCUGUUGAGUCCGGCGCCUCGACGCCCCCUCACCCAGCUGCACAGAGAUUGCUACGUAGUCCCCGGUCAGUGAGCAGUCUGCAGAUUCCUCCUCAUCGCACUGCAGCUGCACGGACCAAUUCUUCGAAUGGAAUUCCCACGGUGCGAGCUACAUCGCCAGGUGCAGAGAUUCGCGAAGCCCAGCGUGCUGCGGCUGCUCGGAAAGAGGCUGAAGAAAAGCGCAAACGCGCAAUCCAUGGUCCUCCUACCCCGCAAUCUGUCUCCCCAGUACCGCUAGGUAGUGUGCUCGCAUCUGAAAGGGGAUCUAUCGGACAAGAACCUGUUUCCGUCUCUGUGCCACCUUCUCCGCGCCAUGCCCACUCCGUGCGCCGCUUCCAGAUCUCCAGACCCAGUGCCUCAACUCCAGGCUCCCGCCCAGGCUCACGCGCAGGUAUUCAGAAACGCCGAGCUGAUGGUGCUUUACCUGGAAUAGCUGUUUUAGUGGAGCAACUUCAGCGCAAGCCGCAUUCGCGCCAAGCCUCUAUGAUCGCAGACCUGGUGCAUCAAGCAUCGGAAAGCCAAGAAAGUAUAAAGAUCAAGACUCCCGCCGAGGAGAUAGCACCGCAAGCGAAACCCAGAAAGCGGCCUGUCGUGAAUCAGGCUGAGAAGAAAUGGCGAGAGGAGCGGCAAGCCGCCAUCUCUGCUGCGAAAGAUCAUCUCUCAGAAACACUGGAGAAAUCUGCAAGGGCGAAGCAGAGCACUUGGGAUGAAGAGUCGGAACGCUUAGCCAAGGAAUUUGAGCAGGUUGCACUGGAUAUUGAACGCGACAUGGAUGUGGAACCCCGGAACUUCAAUGAUAACUUUGCCCCACCAUCACCCCAGCCGCGGGUACCGUUCAAACCACCGCAACCCUUGAAACACCAGCCGCGACCUCCAAAACAAUCUAGGAUUGUGCCAUCCCAGGCUUCACUCGCUGGUGAUGAGAUGAAAACCGACGUGGUCCCGAUCGUUAGUGACGAUGACGAUGACUACGUAUAUGAUGUCUACAUUCGACGCCCACUAGAGGAAAGUGACAGGCUCGCGAACCCACUUACUGAAAUUGAGUCUGAGCAGCAGCUCAAGGCAUUGAACUCGGGUGUUGGUGUCAUAGUAAUCACCGAGGAGGAUGAGCAGUACUGGGAGAAUUUCAUUGAAGAUGACGAGGAAGAAUGGGACAGUGAAGAUGCAGACUCAAAUGGUAGGCUUAUAUCUCUUCGAUGCUUUCAAAACACAUCACUGAUCAUGUCUUUCUCCCGAACAGCUGAAAAUAACCCUGCAAAUGAGUACCCCGAAGAAGAGCUAUCCUCGUCCGAUGAGGAAGAUGACCCUACAGCCAUCUAUAGAAAAUAUCGGAAUCGCGCCGCCUCAGAUGACGAAGAGUUUGGUUUUGAUUAUUCUGGGAGCGAGGGUGGUAGGUUCGGCCAGUGGCGUUCCGGUGGACAAAUGUAUUCGGAUGAUGAGAGUGAUUAG